AGCUAUUUCUACCCCUAUCAAGUCUUUGCAGGUUUAUUAGAUCAACUAGAAGAAGACCCUUUCAUCUGAUGAAAAACUCUUCCAUCAUCUAAACCAGGCUCCGAUGAUGUUGCUGCUGGUUCUGUUGUUGUCCAGUGCUCAGGACACUGUGGGAAUACAGUCACCCAAUGAAAAAGUCUUCUCCCUGAGCCCAGAUGCAGCUGGUGCUACUGCACUCAUAUCUAACCAAUCCAUCUCUACCACCCGCCGUCUUCUGCCUCCUGCUAAGUUCCCACAGAAGAACCCUGCCGACUUGAAGCUCUCCACUAGUGACACAGGCAGUCUGCAGUGGGAGAGUUGGCAGGGUUCCCUUCCUGAAGAUGCCGUUUACAUUUUUAACGACUAUGCUACUCGUAUUGACUACGUCUGCAAAGUUAAAUGCAGAUCUGGCUUUUACAACGACUACAUGGGUCCUUACUGCCACUACCCUGAUGAUGGUCUAGAAUAUCGUUCCAGUAGGUUUCAAAUCCUUGUGAACAAAAAAAAUUUUGAGGACUUGGAGUGGAAGACCGAUUCAUAUGGUUCUGUUCCGAGGAAUUCAGUCGAUACCUGUUUAAGUGAAAAAAUCUAUGUAGCAAAAAAUAAGUACGGUCUGGGGAUGGUGUAUCAAAAGGAUGAAUGCUUUUAUCUUCCCUGGGAGGGUUCUGAAUAUUGGUACAAGACAACAUAUGAGGUCCUGACCAGCAUGAAGGGUAAAAGCACAGAGAUUAAAAAUGUUAAGUAUGAAAAAGAUCACGCUAAAAUCUCCAAGGAUUCUCCAAAAGUCCUCAAGAGCUCUGAAGUUACAAACAGGAACGAUGAAACUUUGAAAAAAACAGUUACAUUGAGUCAGACUACGACAGAACAGAAUCAAUGGGACACCAGCUCCUCCAUUACACUUGGUGUAAAAACCAGCAUUACAGUAGGUAUUCCUUCAAUUGUGCAGGGGAGCAUUGAAUUCAGUGUUGAGGAAACAAAAACAGUAUCAAAAGGUGGUAGCCUGACAGAGGAGAACACCCACACCAUCACUUUAGAGCUGAAUGUGCCACCGAAACACAUGUGCAGGGUUGUUAUGUAUGGUUAUCGGUAUAAAAUGGACAUCCCAUUCACUGCCAGCCUCUAUCGUACCUAUGAAGAUGGACAGACUAGAUCACUUGACAUCAAUGGAAUUUAUCGAGGAGUCCAAACUGGUGAAGUUAAGGCUGAGGUGGAACCGUGUAUACCUAUAAAUUAAGGGGCAAAAAGACAUGAGAUACAUGUAAUAUUGAAAAAUGGCUAAAGUGUAGUUUGCAUAACUUUUCUGAGCUUUCAAUAUAGAGCUAUUAGCAUUGUAAUUGUAUUCGUAAUGGCAUCGAAUAUUUACUAUCCAAACCUUUUGAAAAGAAAAUCAGUUUUUUGUUUUAAAUAAAAAAAAUCUUAUUAUGUUUUUUUUUUUAAAAAAAGAUACCCUAAAAUAAAACUGUGAGGAAACACAGCUCUUCUUAAAAUCUGCCAAAGAAAGAAAGGUGAACCCAACCAAAUUAUUUCCCAACAGCAACAAGCUGCACUGAACCCAAAUGCCUAAAUGAUCCAUGUUACAAUAAAUGUGAUUGUUUAUCUCUGAUACACAAUACAUAAUUUAAAAAAAUAAAAAUUUUUUUCUUUUGAUUGAAAUAUACCAAAAUUUUAGAACUGUCACUUUAAAACUAAGAUAUCGGAUGUUAAUAAGCAUUGAGAACAGUGCAAGCACAUGAAAUGAGUGGGCCUCUGAAGGUGUCAAAUAUAGGGAUCUAACCACACAAUAACAAAGGAGAAAUUUUUAUAUAUUUUUGACUAAGAGCAUUUUUAUUUAAUUUUACUAAAGAUCCCCUGAUUUAAAGCUGAUCCAGAUUCAGCCAGUUAUCUGUUGUAAUCAUUGUUUUCAUUGUACCUUUUUCGCACUAUUCUAUGCAAAUAAAGCAUCUUCUUUGGCAUAAAUCAAGCUUGUAAGCAAAUGAAAUAAAACAGCUGCAAUGUGCUGGAACAAACAUGGACUCC